GUUUUCUAAUUUUAACUAGUUUCAGAUUAUUAAAAUGAAAUGAAAAGAGGAAAAUACUAGGAAUAAGUGAGAAUCUACUAGCUCUGAGAGAGAGAAGUACAGCAACAGAAAAAGCUAAAGAAAAACACUUUCUUGAUUUUAUUAUGCAGGAAAAGGAGUUUUAACCUUCUAUUAUUCAAAAGAACCACUUUAUGAAAAAGAAUGAAGUAAAACAGCCCUGAAGUGAAAAAGUAAGAUGUGAAUGUGAAAUUGUUUUCUGAAAUAUGAUCGAAUUCAAAGAUUUAACCGAUUCCACCGGUUUGGCCGAGACUAAAGGCUUAACCGAUUCCAAGGAAUUAUUCGAAACAGGAGACUCGAUAACAUAAACAGCAGGAAACAGGAAAUACAAGAAAAACAGGAGAAGCAGGAAUUAAGAAUGGAGGGGGGUAAAUCUAAACUGGAGUCCUGGAGUGCUACCCUUGGAGCCGGAGGAAGGGGAGUUAUGAGAGCAGCAGGAGGCCUUACAUUGAGAAGAGGGGAAACCUCUGUCAAUCCAACUUCUUCUAAGAUGGUGACGAUAUCGGUGGUUGGAUUAUCAGGAGGAGAAAAGGACAAGGGUUCAAUGGGUGUAGGCAAAUCUUGUCUCUGUAACAGGUUUGUUGCCCCGUUAGCAGACGAUUACCAUAUUGAUCAUAUCUCCGUUCUAAGUCAGUCUGAUUUUUCUGGUCGAGUUGUGAAUAAUGAUCACUUCCUAUACUGGGGAGAGAUGUACAAGACGAGCGAAGACGGGGUAGAUUUUAAUAUUCAGGUGAUCGAGCAAACAGAGUUUAUUGAUGACGCUUCCUUCCAACCAUUCAAGGCAUCUGGCAAACAGGAGCCGUAUGUUCGACGCUGUGCAAACACAAGACUGAUGUCGGCCGAGAAACUGAUGUACAUUUGUAAAAAUCAACUUGGACUAGAACAGGAGUUCACUUUACAACUAUUACCAGAUGGAAGAUCAAAUAUUGAUGGUUUUAUUUGUGUAUUCGAUGUAAGCCUUGUCCCUAACCGGACCCUAGAGAGGCAGGUGGAAAUGACUGCUCAGAUUCUUAACUCCUUGCUCAAAACCAAGAAGCCUAUAGUACUCGCAACAACGAAGAAUGACGAAGGAAACGAUACAUUUGUUCGAGAGGCGGAGCGGUUAAUUAAUAGAAAAGAAUUCCGUGGAAUAAUCCCAAUGGUGGAGACUUCAUCUCACGAGAAUAUUAAUGUCGACAAUGCAUUUUUCCUGGUGUCUAGUAUGGUAGAUAGGACGAGGGGGCGUGUCCGUGUACAGUCCUAUAAUGAGGCUGGGCGUGCACGCAGAGAUAUUUUAGAGAUGGCACAAGAACAGUUUGCCAGGCUAGUUCGUACAGAAGUGACGGAUUAUGGAGCUUCAUGGACGGUUGUGGCCAAAAAAUUAAGUCCUUGUGUCGAAUUUCAUACAUUUGUCGACAUUUUUGGUGUUGACGCGGCGCAACGGAUAUUCCGACGCCAUGUGAAAAAGUUAAAAGACACUUACCUGAGUGAGAAAGUGGCGCGAUACCUGGAUCUUUUACCUGAGGUUCUUCACGAGCUCUUCCCUACCAUAUCUUCCCUAGGAGAAGAUGUAUCUCAUCUGUUUGACUGGAAACCAGCGACCUGCACCCUUUGCAGAAAGCUGGAAAAUUCUCAAAAUAAACCUUGGGACUGGAUGCUGAUCCAGGAUCGGAUUAAGGAGCAUCCUGAUUUUGACAGAUGGUUUGUUGAAUACCCAGAGGAUACAACAUGGAUGGAAGCAAACCUUUUCGACGGUGAUGCCUCAGAGCACAGGAUACCAUUUGAUGUUCUUGACUCUACUGAGGCUGAAACUGUUUACAAGAAUCUGCUGAAUAAGCUGCACGCAGAACAAAAACGGAGCGAGAUUCCCAAACGGUUACAAAAAGAUUUUAAGAAGCUUCUCGAGGAAACGGGGUACAUAACACCAGGGAAAAAAUUAGAUGAGGUUCGAGUCUUGUUUAUGGGAAGAGACUGUUUCGAGUCUCUGUCAGAAGACCAGCGUCAGCUGAUCUAUGAUCGACAUCAGCAGGAACUAAUUCAACGGUGUAGGAAAAGUUUUCAAGAGCUGUUGUUAGAGAAAGCUGACAUUUUUUACCAGUUUAGAUCUAGUCCUGCCGGAACAGUGACACAUGAUGAUAUUCUUGAUAUUACUGAAGCACUUGCUGAAGAUGGACGAUAUAAAGCGUUGGACAGAAUGGACGCUGACCGAAAACUAUUACUCUUUCAGCAUCUUGGAUUUGUGCACUGUCCCAUUCGUGAACACUGCCCGGCAUUCCCGGACUGUACCGACUCAUUGGUGGAGAGGAUUAUCUCAAGACGAGCAAGUAGACCUGUCAGUUGGGGAACAGACUUAACAAAUCUUAAUCUUAUUCUCUUAGGCGUGGAGGAAUUAUCCCUAGAUAUAUCCGAUCAGAUUUUAUCCAUCUGUCCUCAUUCACAAUUCAAUUACGGAGGCCAGAUAUUUGAUCUCGAGCUCAGACGAAUCUCAGGAGACGUUUCUCUUCAACAGAAUGCGUUCAAAACAAAGAAAUUUAAUCCUCAAGGUUGUUUUUGUGUUUACUCAGACUCCCCCUCAUUAGAAUAUAUUAGAGCAAGUUUACAGAAAGAGCUUUUAUCAAAUCUUGAACAGCAAGAUCCACUUCCUUUCCAGGGAUUAUCUAUGUUAAUACUGUUUGAAGCAGAUCCAAAUAUUCCUCAACAAGAACUCAAUCUUCUUCAAAUAGAAGGACAAAAUCUGGCAGAUUCCUUGCACUGUCCUUUCCUUGAGUUCUGCCCUGGAGAGAUGGAAACGAUAUCUGAUUGUCUAAGAACACUGGUGGAGAGUUCUAGACAGAAAUCUGGAGUCCUUAAUGUUUCACCACCUAGUGACACCCUUCCCAAACCUGAAAUUAGAGUGAUUAUGUGCCUGUUGUGUGGAGACCCAUUUAACCUGGAGAUAGAGAAGGUUCUAGGACCUUUACUUGGCAGUAAAACAUGUACACAAACAGGAGUACGGUGUGUGGUUGUGGAGCUAGAAAUACAAGGAACCCGGAGAACAGUAGAGGUUAUCCUUACUUCAUACCAUUCUGCCACAGACUUCAGGGAUGAUCUUGUUCAUGGUUUUAUCCUUGUCUAUUCAACACUACGUAAGGCAUCCUUGGCGACACUCAGUGCUUUCUCAAUGAAUAUCCCGGAACUGCCAAUACAAGUUGUCGCUGUCUCGGAAUCCAACCUAGUCGACAAUAAGGACAUAAAUCAGGCCUUGAACAUUCAGGGCAGUGUUUUAGCCGGUCAACUUAAUGCCCACUUUGCCCGGGCAAACCUUAACCAGUCACAGAAGGGGCUCUACCAACCUUUCUUCCAGGAGGUGCUAGAGAAGAAGGGAGAAAUAGAAAAAGCAUUUUCAAUGGACGAACGACUCUCAGGUCGACUUGACGAUAGCGGUGAGGGUACGUUAGAACGUCCACCCAGACGAAACCCCAUCCCACCUCCACGAGUAGACAGCUACAAUGUUAAAGGCCCGGGCAGUUUAAACAGUAGAUCCGGCUCCGGAAGAUCCGGUUCCGGUAGAUCCGGAUCCGGAUCUGAGAUUUAUGAACGUCUCCCUGACUCAGGGUCCCAUGGUGAUCUUGUGAGUGGUAGUGAAGAUAGUGAUAUUUACAGCCAAAUGGAUAGUUUAGAUAGACAGGGUGGAGGAGGGGGGCACAAGCAUAGAAGUAGUAAACAGAACGGUAAACACGGGGCAGGAGGCAAACCUCACAAAUCCAGGAGACAACACGGCUCCGCCCCUCCUGAAUGUUCUCCGCCCCCUAUACCAAGUCUAGCAGGACGCCCCUCCUUCACUUCCUCCUCCCCUUCCCCCCAGCUAGGACGGGAACGCCCUAACCCGUUCUCCCGGCCCAUGAAGUCCUCUACCUUCAAUGCCUCUUUGCCCGGGGUGCAUGGUAUAUUCAAGGCGGAUUCAAUGCCGCUAGAAAUGGUGAAGGGGAAGGGAAUGGAACAUAAUAAUUUUUUUCAAGCAGGAUCUGAUGAAUAUCUUGAUAUGGGUGGCUCCUGUUCACCACCGGAACCUGCUCCUCCAGAUCGCACCAUGAAUCAGUCCCGAGGCGGUAGACCCGAACAGCUGCAGUACAGAAGACUUGUUAAGGCUUCCACAAUGCCUGGAGGAUCCCACACCUCUCUCGAGGACAUAUCAUGUUGGGCAGACGACUCCCAGUUGCCAAACAAGAGACCAGAUUCUGCUGAUGCAUGGCAGACCGGAUUCGGAGGCGGAGCUUAUACUACAGGAAGACGGGGACGGAGUAGAGCCCCACUACCAGCACUACCCCCUGGAAAAAUUAACCUAUCUGACUAUAAUCAUGUUUCAGCAGCUCUUGGCAGACUUCAGGUGAAGCCUCGAAGUGCUCCCCUGGCAGCAGUUGAGGAUUUGGACCGAGACCAUGAAGGAGGGUAUGCAGUACCUAGAGACACUGUUACACCGGGUACCAAGAGCGAAUAUUCUCAUCCUGUUCUGGAACCUGCAAGAUCUAAACCCAGAUCUAAGAACAGAGAGAGGAGAGAACGUCAAGCAAAGCUAGAAAUAUCAGACUCUGAGAGUGAACUUAGUAGUGAUGAAAGACAUGCAAAAAAGCCAACGGCCGGAAAACGUCCAAGGAAGAAGCGCAGUGCCCCUGUACCGAUACCUGUUGCCCCGCCAGCCGCCCCUCGGACUGGGAUACCAGUCGCAAUGCCGCAAGUUCCUGUCAUGAAACCGGUUCCAACGCCACGUGUUCCGGAACCCCGCAAUCCCGCCCCAAUCCUUGCUGAACAGAGAAGGAUUGAACCUGAGCUCAAACAAGAUACAGGUACAUUCUCCGAGACAGAAUCUUCAACUAGUCCACCCUCACGCAUUCUUCAUGCCCGCCCCUUCAUGUUCCCCCCGCCCCCCUCGGGACCGCCCCCACCAGACCAGAUGCGCUCACGUGUUGAUGAAGGACUGCUGAACUCCCCCCGGGAAGAACAGACGGAUAAACAGAAGAGGAAACUAGAGAAGGAGGAAAAAGUAAGAUUAAAGGAGAUUGCAAGACAGGAGAAGAAAGAGAAAGAAAGAGAAAAGAAAGAAGAGCGCGAGAAAGCGAAGGAGGAGAAGAAGAAGGAGAAAGCGGAGAAGAAGGUGGCUGCCAGACAGGGGAUGAAGGCUAACAGUGUGCAAGGAGCUGUCUGUAUGGAUGAUUUUAGAGCAAGUGAAGAUGAUCCAAUUCCAGUUUUCCUUUCAAGAACAAUUAAAUUCAUAGAACUAGAGGGUUUGGAUGCUGAGGGACUGUACAGAGUUCCAGGAAACCGGGCUCAUGUUGAUCUUCUCUUUCAGCAGUUCGACGAGGACAAGAAUAUAGAUCUGGGUAGUCUGGAUAUUGCUGUGAACGCUGUUGCAACAGCUGUCAAGGAUUUCUUCUUUAAACGUUUACCUCCUCUCCUACCCACAGAACAUAUGACAGAUCUAGAAUCUAUUGCGUCAAUGCAGGAUCGUCACAUGAAGUUGUUAGAACUGAAGAAACUGUUAGAUCGUCUUCCUCGUAGCAACUACGCAGUUAUCAAGUUCAUUUUCCAACAUUUUGUCAGGGUGACUGAGCGUAGUAAGGAUAACUGUAUGGACAGUAAGAAUCUCGCAAUAUGCUGGUGGCCAACAUUACUCCAGUAUGAGUUUGGAGAUCUAACUAAGUUUGAGACGAUGCGACCACAUUUAGAAGAUGUUGUUCAGACUCUUAUUGAUCAAUUCAGAUUCCUGUUCUGUGGGCAAGAAGAAGUGAUGAUGGUCUAGCAAAACGUUUUAUGUCAAAUAAUAUGCAUUUAGCCAAGAAUGAAAAGUGCAAGUGUCAAAUAAUUAAAAUGUGCAACCUUCAGACAACGAGAAUGCCGUGUUGUUUCAACCAAAAAGAAAUGUGCAAAUGUCCACCAAUGAGAGAUACGCAAGUUCCAACUACUAAGAAAAUCAUAAAUUUCUAAACAAUUGUGAAUUUAAAGAAGUUACAACUACAGGAAUUCUUAAAAAUGAAUAAACAGACAAAAGUAGACUUGUAACCCGCUAGUUACUAAUCCCAACAAAUUUAAACAUUUAAACAAUUGCUUAAGGAAUGAGGAUUAUGGAGUCCCUUAGUACGCUUUCAGUGUUCAAAUACAAAAUGGAAAAACUUGUAUGCUGAUGUCGAUGUUUAGGAAAGUGACCUAAUUACUAUAUAAACAUGGCCUGUAAAAGACGAAAAUCGUUUAAUAAUAUGUUCUUAUUGUUCUUCUUCACGAAUUUAAUAAGUCGUAAAUAUCCUAAGAUCUAGUCAAAAUAGCCCGACCCUAAAUUAAAUUGAGCUUUUUACACCAAAGACCAUUAAUGAGAUUAAUAUUGUACAGUUGAUUCCCAUCCCAGUAAUAUCGUGUACAGUGUACAUAUAUAUUGAUUAUUUUUAACAUUCCAUGUACAGCGUACAUCAUGUGCUUGUUUUUGUUUAUUUGACCGUGUAGCACUAAUAUUCUUUUUGCAUUUCUUGUGGGUUCGGGCCCGGGGAGAAAUAUUUUUGUGCCAUUAUAAAGCAAAUAGAUAUUUGUCAAUAAAUUAUCCUGCCAAUCUUAA